AUGGCGGAGAGUCCUCCCACCGUGCCAUUAGCCGAUGAGGUACUUGCCUCCCUCGAUCCGGAGCUCGUGAAGGAACAUGAAACCCUCAAGUAUCAUCUGCUCGGUCCGUCGCUGACAAAAGCCGGUCAAGACUCGGUAGACCAGUCCAAGGUCUCCGAGGUCAUCUACAACGCCUCCAAAGGAUCCAAGUACUUCAAUCGCGAGGAGGAAAAGGACAAAGUCCUGACCCAGAAAAUCGACCACAUCCUCGAGAAGAAGCGUCGCCUCGAUAAAGUCGACCUGACCCGCGAGUUACGAGCCGCCGACCAGCUAAUGAGCCAGCUCGAGGUCUCCCGCGACCUUACCCAACACAUCGUGCACGUCGACUGCGACGCCUUCUAUGCAGCCGUCGAGCAGCUCGAACGACCCGAACUGAAAGACGUACCUUUCGCCGUAGGAGCUGGAGUGCUUACCACCUGCAACUAUGCUGCUCGGCAGUUUGGCUGCCGCAGUGGUAUGGCCGGCUUCGUCGCCCAGAAGCUGUGUCCUCAGCUGUUGCUUAUCCGCCCCAACUUCGAGAAGUACACGUCCAAAGCCCACGAAAUCCGGGAGGUUCUGGCCGACUACGACCCGAGGUUCGAGAGCGCUAGCAUCGACGAGGCCUAUCUCAAUGUGACCGAAUACUGCACUGAACAUGCUAUGACCCCAGAAGAAGCCGUCCAACAGUUGCGAGAUGAGAUCCAUGAGAAGACGAGGGUCACUGUAUCUGCCGGUAUCGGUGCCAACGCGAAGCUGGCUAAAAUCUGCUCCAACAUGAACAAACCAAAUGGCCAAUACCUCCUGCCUAGCGACCGAAACGCCAUCAUGACCUUCAUGCGAGCCCUGCCGACAAGGAAGGUCAACGGUAUCGGGCGAGUCCUAGAGCGAGAACUACAGGAAAUAGGCGUCAAGACGUGUGGAGAUAUAUAUCAAUACCGACAAUAUCUGCGUCAACUUUUCGGCGACAAGACAUACGAGUUCUUGAUCAUGUGCCAUCUGGGACUAGGUCGGACUAACGUCCAGCCUGCUGAGGAGUACGAGCGGAAGAGUGUCGGCACCGAGAGCACCUUUCGGGAUAUUUCAGACCCAUCUCAGCUAAGGGACAAGCUGCGAUGGACGGCGGAAGAACUGGAAAAGGACAUGCGUAGAGCCGAGUGCAAAGGGCGGACCCUCGUGCUCAAAGUCAAGCUACACACGUACGAAGUCUUCACGAGGCAAGGCGUAACCCCGAAGGCUAUUUGCCAGGCCGAUGAUCUGUACAGUUAUUCCUUGCCCAUCCUCACGAAGCUCCAGCACGAUAUGCCAACUAUGAAACUGCGCUUGAUGGGUCUGCGGUGUACGAACCUAGUCAGUACGAAGAAGCCAGACGCUCGAGCAUUCUUCGGCUUGAAGCCCCUGAAGGCCGAGUCCCACGACCCCCCUGACGGGAAAAUCAAGCGCAAAGCCAGUGAUGCUCUUGAGGAACCUGAAUCUCUGCCGAAUAAUCAAUUGCUCGCCGACGAUGAAUUCCGCCACCACGGGAAAGAGAUUGUGCCAAACCCCAAGAAGGAGCCACAGCCUCAGGAGCAAGAAGAUUGGUGGGAUUGUCCCAUAUGUAGCAGACCACAACCGACGGACGAGCGGCUUUUCAACGAUCACAUCGACCUUUGCCUGUCGCGGCAGACCAUUCGUGAUGCCGUCCAGAAGGACUCCGUGCAUAAAUCACCCGCGGCCUCUGAUACACCGCCUCCAAAGAGACCGAAGAGUGGCGGAGAGAAGAAGCGAGGACGGUCCUCUGGCUCAGAGGAUCCUAGACAGCGCAAGCUGUUCUUUGGCUGA